AUGUACGCAGCUCCGACGGUCGUCACCGCGUUCCUCCUACUUGCCGGCACUACGUCCUGCGAGGCCCAAACCCGUGAGUUGAGGCCUCCGAUGGACCUGCUGCGGCUGUUAGCAGAGAAGCCUUGGAUAGGCUUAGGCCCCCACCACCGGUGGGACAGACCCCCCCAGAUCGACGCGGACCUAGGACCCAAGGAUCUGGAAAUAGUCAGCGAAAUGGACAACGAUGGUUUCGGCAGAGGUCUUAACAUGGAUGACCUUAUAAGGACAGGGGCAGACAAGCGCUCUGCGGUGGCCACGGCUCUGAACGCCGGGAGGCGACGUCGCCAGCCGACUCCGGCGCUCGGGGUCCUUAAUGAUAUGGGCACAUUUUUCGACGCUCUACGAGACAACUUGGAGACCUUUGCAUCGUUGACUCCGGAGCAACGCGCCUCGCUCUUUCAGGCUCCACCCACGGUUGUACAGGCUCCUUCUUCCGGUGGUGGUGGCGGCGGCAGCGGCAUCCGCAAACUCCACGCGCUGCGCCCUCUGCGACCCACCGGCAACAUCAGAUCUUACAACCGCAGAUCGUUCGUGGAGGCGGAUGGUGGGUACCCCGGGGCGAACCAUCAUGACCCUGGACUGCUGUGGACCGGACUGGGGCGGUAGACACCCGACACCAAGCCACCGUAGAGGCAUCCACCCAACUUACCGCAGCCCUAGAUUCUCAAGAAACCUCCGAGAUUGUCAAUAUAGAUUGAGAGACUUGAGAGAGAUUGACCAUGAUGAGCCAGACAGGCGCUUCUCGAGAGCAACACAGCCCAAACCCGGAUUAUGUAUAUAAAAUAUAAAUACAAACUUAAAUACAAGCUGCACUAAAGUCAAUUUUGAAACCAAUUAAAGUUGGAAC